AUGCCACCAUCGACAAGAGCUGGACAGGUGGGAAGAGAUGAUGAUCAAGCGACUGCAGGAAAUGGACGAGAGGAAGGAUGGCUCAUGCAGGUAGUCAGAAUCCUCCAGUUAGCAAACCCAGCACUAACGGCAGAGGAAGCAAUAGUACGGGCCAUGGGUCUGGUCAACAUUAGCAACCAAGCUCCAUGCGGGGAGACCGAAAAGAUCCCCAAGGACAUAUUGAGCUCCAUUGCUCACAUCAAGAAGCUCAGCGAUAGCAAUUGGCACACCUGGGAACCCACCUUUAUCGACUGCCUCCAGAGAGUGCACAACACGAAGGAAAUCCUGUAUGGUACCGUUGUACCCGGGAGCGAGGAAUAUGAUGAAGACCUAGACAAGGCACUCAUGGGCCUCAUCCAUGCCUGCUGCGAUAACAGCCCGGAUAGCCGCAUCGACACCUACACCGUCAGAGGGGCAGAUGAAGAAAUUCAACUUGGCAGCACACUCUAUGCCAAACUCAAGAAGGCACUAACACUAAAUGAUGCUGUAAAGCUAGGCAAGGAACUCGAUUCGAUCUGGAACGAUGCGGCACGCCUCGGAAAGCAUUUCGACGAGGACCUCAAGAAAUCAACUCUCUAUUGCUGCACGGCUCAAGAUUGGUUCUAUGCCAACACCGUCGAUGCACUGAAGACGGCCAGACCAGACUGUAAGUAUGACGAAGCCUACCACGCACUUGCCAAGAAACAGCAAGAUGGUGAGAUCACUGGCCAUAUUAGAGGAGCAGCAAGGGUCACCACAAGCGCGGAACAGGGGAGUGCCAACCAGGCAGAGCAAGGACCCAGGGGCAGGCGCGAUCCUCGCAAUCCCUUGGCCCCUCCAAAGUGCUAUGCUUUCAACAGGGGCGAGCGAUCAGCAUGUGACACCUGGAUCAUUGAUUCAGGUGCAACCCAUCAUAUGGUAAAUGAUGAGAGAAUGCUGCUCACCUCGACGAACAAGGUUGGCCAAAUCAGUAUGGCAGGGGACGAAAAGCUUCAGGUGAAGGCUAUAGGAGAUGCCUCCCUUCGGGUCAGUGAGGCCACCAUCCAACUAUUGGAUGUGCUUUAUCAGAACGAUGGUACCCAAGUACAAUUCAAAAGGGACAGAAGACAGGGUCACUUCAAAGUGCAAGGACAAGCACUGGCUUUGGAACUGGAGGAAACACGAGAUGAUGUCCCAGAGGACAACCAGAACACAGGAACACCAGACAAUGUCCCAGCGGACAACCAGAACACAGGAAAACUAGAUAAUGCCCCGGAGGGCAAUAAGGACACGAAGCAUUGA